UUGAUAUAAUAUUAAGCAAAGCAACAUGGAAACGAAAGAGGUUUUGUGGGCUGUUUUAUUGUUUGGUUUUGUUCUUGGAAUGGGCGAGAGUUUUGAUUUCAACGAGAAGGAGCUAGAAUCGGAACAAGGGUUGUGGGAUUUGUACGAGAGAUGGAGAAGCCACCACACGGUUUCACGAAGCUUCGAUGAGAAGCAGAAGCGCUUCAACGUGUUCAAAGCCAACGUGAUGAAUGUCCACAACGCGAAUAAAAUGGACAAGCCUUACAAGCUGAAGUUGAACAGGUUUGCUGACAUGACCAACUAUGAAUUCACGACCAUCUAUGCAAACUCCAAGGUGAGUCAUCAUAGAAUGUUCCAAGGCAUGCCACGUGAGAAUGGUAGUUUCAUGUAUAAGAACGUUGAUAGGGUUCCUCCUUCGGUGGAUUGGAGGAAGAAAGGUGCUGUCACUGAUGUAAAGAAUCAAGGCCACUGUGGUAGUUGUUGGGCCUUUUCAACUAUUGCAGCCGUUGAAGGUAUUAACCAGAUCAAGACAGGUCAGCUGGUGUCGUUGUCUGAGCAAGAACUUGUAGAUUGUGACACUGAGAAUUCAGGAUGCAAUGGUGGGUUCAUGGAAUGGGCAUUCGAUUUUAUCAAACAAUAUGGUAUAACUACAGAAAGCAAUUACCCUUAUGUAGCAAGAGAUGGAAUUUGUGAUGCAUCAAAGGUGGAGCAACCUGCUGUGUCAAUCGAUGGGUAUGAAACUGUCCCCAGUAACGAUGAAGCUGCAUUGCUCCAAGCUGUUGCCCAUCAACCUGUAUCAGUAGCCAUUGAUGCUGGCGGAUAUGACUUUCAGUUCUACUCAGAGGGAGUGUUUACGGGAUUUUGUGGCACUGGUCUGAAUCAUGGGGUAACAAUUGUGGGGUAUGGAACAACUCAAGAUGGAACAAAAUAUUGGACAGUGAAGAACUCGUGGGGAUCCGAAUGGGGAGAAAAUGGCUAUAUUAGAAUGCAAAGAGACUUAGAUCUGUGUGGCAUAGCAAUGGAGGCUUCCUAUCCAAUCAAAAACUUCUCCUCCAAACCUUCUUCGUUUCUCAAGGACGAGCUUUGAAUCAUUUCUUCAUAACUGCUAUCUAAUCUUAUUAAGGGAGAAAAUAAAAUAAAAUAAUCUGUUCGAUUAAUAUGACAGAGGUUGUUUCUGCUUAAGGAUCGCCUCCUACUCCCUGUAAUAUCUCUAUUCCCACUUAUCUAUCCAAGUUCUCAGGUUUCUGCAUCAUAGAAAUAUUUAAACUUUUAUUAAUAUUAAUUUUAAAUAUUUAUUA